GAAGCUCCGCGCGAGCGAGCACGAGCGCACACAGCUCGCGUCCAAACACAAUGAUGCCGGGGAGACCCGCAAGGCGCUGCAGGCGGCGGAGGCGCGGCGCAAGGAUGACCUGCGCGAACGUGACCGCAAGAUCGCGGAAAUGGAGAAGACGCUAUCUGCAGAGCGCAAGAAGCGGGAGACAGCAGAGGCGCGAUGGCAGGAGGCUAAGGCUAAGACGGACGGCAGGGUCGAUGAAGCGCGGGCAGCAGCGCAGGAUCUCGAGGCGCGACUCCAGGAGACACAGAAGGAGGCGCAGUCCGCACGACAGGCUUUGGAGGAACUCGAAGCCAGCUCGCAGGACACUGAGGAAGAGCUCCUUGCUCAGCUCGAGCAGCACCGGGCCAUGCUUGCGCGUGUCGCGGACGAGUACGGCCGCCUCGCAUCCGCGAGUGUUGCUCUGUCUGUGCAUGAACAAGCCAAGCGAGAUACGGCUGCUUUGCAGCUGCGCAGCAACCGUCUGGAGAGGAAGCUUGCGAACAGCGAAGGCCAGGUCGUCGAGCUCGCGAACCUCAUCCGCCAAGUGAAGGACGAGAACGUGUUCCUCUCUACCCAGCUUCGCGAGGCGCGCCACGAAGUCGAUACGUACCGACACGCACUUGCUUCUGCUGCGGACACGCUCGGCAUUCCCGACUCAGUAGCUGACAUCGCCAGCGGGCUGGAGACCGUUUCUCGGGAACAACUCGCGUUGCAAGCCGAAACACAUCAGGCCGUGCUAGCCGACGUUCAGCUCUGGGGCGCCCUCGAUCGCUCACAGCGUGAUUCCCUCCUGUUCCACGCAUCGGUCCUCAACAAGGGACUCGACGACAUCCGCGCCGAGCUGACGAAGCGCACGGGGGAGCUCUCCGCCUCUGAAGCAACUCAGGCUCUGCUCUCCGAGUCGCUGCAGCGUGCCCAGACCGAGUGCGCCGAGGCACAACGCAUGCUCGCCGAGAACACGGCCGAGCUUGCAGAGGCCAGGGUGCAGAGUGCUACGAUCAAGAAGGAGCUGGAGACCGCGCAGGCGAAUGCCCGUUCUGAGCUCGCGCGGGCGGAGCAGAAUCUGCAGCGCGAGAAGGAGGGGAGCCAGCGUCUGAGCGCUGCGGUCCAGAAGGCGAAGCAGGCCGAGCAGUUCCUCCGCAGCGAAGUCGAGCAACUCAGCACAGACCUUGCAGAAGCGGAAAGGUACGAGGAGGCGUACAACGCUCUGCUGGCAGAGGUCGACGCGCUCGUGCUGCGCAACGCGCUCGCCGAGGACGAGGCGCAGGCACUGAGCAAGCACAACGCCGAGCUGCUCGGGCACCACAACCCCGCGCAGCGCAUCAUGUACGUCGACCGCAUUCGGCGCGAGCUCCACGACACCAAGCAGCAACUGCUUGCGGCGAUGCGCGAGCGGGACGGAGCGCUCGUGGACAACGACGGGCUGCAGCGCGAGCUCGGGUUGUACAAGUCCGUCGCGGUCCCGCAGGACGCGAAGCCGCGCACGACGAUCACGCGCGUCGGCCGUGUCCCGGCUGGGCUGGCUGAGAGCGAGCUGCGAUCUGUGUCGGGCGCGGGUGCGAGUGCGAGGCUGGCGAGCGUGCCGGAGAUGGCGAUGGCGGCUGGGGAUGCGGACGAGGUCGCUGGGGAGGGCGACAUGACGCUGGACGAGAUCAUGUAAGCUCGUCAGCUGUUGGCGGCCUUCCUGUUUGACUCGGCAUCUUUGCUUUGUACUGUGCUUUCUUGGACUAUCAGCUAUGCC